AUGGCAGCGUCGUCAACCAACACGACACAGCGGCUGCUGCGCGAGCUGAAGGACUACGCCAAAUCGCCCAACGAGGCGCUUCUACACCUCGGCCCAGUCAAUGAUGAGGAUCUGCUGCGCUGGGAGGCAGUUCUGAAGGGCGUGAAUGGAACUCCCUCACAUCGCACGUAUCACCAGGCGGCCUCUGGCACCUCCGGAUCGCAAUCCCCCCCCAACUACCCCCUCGCGCCCCCAACAAUCCACUUUACGACUCGGAUAUCACAUCCGAACAUCUCAUUCACGACCGGCGAGAUCUGCCUCACCCUCCUCACGACCGAGCACUGGAGCCCCGUCUACACGCUUUCGUCCACGCUCACCGCCAUCCACCAGCUCCUGACCGACCCGCAGCCAGAUUCGCCAUUGAACGUUGAUGUUGCAGCGCUCCUGCGAGACGGUGACCUGCCGGCCUGGGAGAGCGUAGUCCGGUAUUGGACGGGCGAGGAGCGCUGGCAGGGUGGUGCAACCUAUUCGCGAUGA